UCAAAGUUCGUAAAAUUGCUGACAUUUUUCACGGCGCAAAACGGAAUCAAAUUACGAAUCGGAUAAAAAAAUUUGAAACAAAAAAAAUCAAAACAAUAUGGUCGUCGAGUAAUGCGCGUUUCAAGGUAUAGACCCGUAGUUUACCUACAAUUAUCACUCCUUUUCUUUGAUAUUUUUAUCAAUUCCUUUGGGGACUUAUUCCGAGCUGAAGAUGUCAUCCUUUUAGUGCUGUUUAUCAUUCAAGAUGUUUGUAUUCUGUUUGCAUUGAUUGUUGUCUUCCUGGUGUUUUUCAAUACAUAUAUAUUCCAAGCUGGACUUGUGUUUUUAUUAAUAAGAAAGUUUAAGACAACUAUAAUUAUAACUGUUUCAUAUCUGUUGCUCUCACUGGGUCUGCAUGUGUGGACAAUGACAAGAAAAUGGGGAGAUCCAGAGGCGUAUAUAUGGGAUGGUGGAUUUCAAGUUGUUUAUGUUUUUCAAAGAUUAGGAUCCGUUUUCUAUUACUAUUAUUACAAGAGAACUUGUCUGAAACUUGGUGAUCCAAGAUUUUACCAGGAGUCUGAAUGGUUACGAAAAGAGUUUUCAAGAGUACACUAAACGUAUUAGCUACCACGCAUCAUCCAACAAUCGUACGGAGUUGUGGUCAAAGGCCAAUGGUACAAUACCUUCUGAAAAGGGAGAUGUAUAGUCCUGUCCACUUUAUCAGCGAAAGAAUGUGUGUAUAUUUUGGAUUCAGGAUUCAGAAUAGUUGAGCUUGGUCAUAUGUUUUAGUGGGUACUGGGUAGAUGCUUUGUGUUUUUUGAAUGGCGUGAAUGAUAUUAUAUUCCACACGCGGAAUGCAAAUUCGCAUGUGGAAAAAUUUGUACAUUAUAAUUUAACUUUUGUGUACGUCAUUAAAAGGUAGCCGACUCACGCUAUAGUGUUAAGAAUAUGAGUGAUACCAAGUUUUAAAUUGUUCUGAAUGUAACCUAGAUUGUGUAAAUAUUAUACAAUAUACAGGAG